UUUUGUUUAAUGAAUUUUGAGAGUUUAUUAAGUAAAAGAUUAAUUAAUUUUUUUCUAAUCAUUUAAUUGUUUGAUUUUCUCUUUACUUUCUAUCAGUUAAUUGUGAUCAACUUUGUUCUCUAACUGUCAUGGCACGAACAAGUAGUGCAGGUUUUGAUCGUCAUAUUACAAUCUUCUCACCGGAAGGUCGAUUGUAUCAAGUUGAAUAUGCUUUUAAGGCUAUUAAUCAAUCGGGUGUUACAUCGGUUGGUCUUAAAGGUAAGAAUAAUGUUGUAGUGGUUACACAGAAAAAGAUUCCUGAUAAAUUGUUGGAUCCAACCAGUGUUAGUUCACUUUAUCGUAUAACACCUCACAUUGGCUGUGUUAUCACUGGUCUUGUACCUGAUUCUCAAUCUCAAGCUCAACGAGCUCGAUAUGAGGCUGCUAACUUUAAAUAUCAAUAUGGUUAUGAUAUUCCGGUAGAAUUGUUGACCAAACGAAUGGCUGAUAUUGCCCAAGUAUAUACACAAAAUGCUGAGAUGAGACCCUUGGGUACUAGUUGUAUUUUCAUCUCUUAUGAGGAUGGGCAACCUCUUCUUUAUAAAACUGAUCCUGCUGGAUAUUAUUGUGGAUACAAAGGAUGUGCUGUUGGUGUUAAAUCUGUCGAGGUCUCCAAUUAUCUAGAGAAGAAACUUAAAAAGAAAACAGAUCAUGAUGCAGAUGCAACCAUUAGAUUGGCAAUGGCUGCUCUUUCAACGUCUUUAGGAAUUGAUUUCAAAUCAAGUGAACUUGAAGUUGGGGUUAUCGAUGAAAGUGAAAAAUUUACCAUCUUAACUGAAUCGGAAAUUGAAGCCCAUCUUACAGCAGUUGCUGAGAAAGAUUAACCAUCCUAACUAGAAGAAGAAAUUAAAUUUUGUCUUUUAUAUACUUUUUCCUGGCAAUCAAGAAAAGAUUUACCGAAAGCCAAUAAAUUCAAUCUUUCAAGAGAGAUUUGGUUAUUUGUCA